AUGAGACCUCCUCAAGAUAAACUCCGUUGUAUCUGUGCCACUACUUCGAAGACUGGUCAAGCUGUGAUUAGUUCACCAGCAGAUGUUGAUUCUAUUACCCGCGACUGCUCAAGGGACGCUUUGCACAACAGUCUCGUCAAGAUUUGCCCCGCAGAUACAUGGACCGGUAAUUGCCAUCUUUCCAGUUGCCCCUUUCCUAUAUUGGUGAACAGCUUGCAUCAGCGACAGCUACUGGAGCUCAAUGAGGCACUGGUAAAAGCAAUUACCGACAUUGUCUCAAGAUGGUGGAGCGAUAAGGCGGCACGACUUUCAGAGCGUAUGCCUUUGCAACCAAGGGAGGAAAAGCUUCUUCGUUGGCUGGACUCACAAGAAACGGGUGAUAUACGUCCCUUCAAGGAGUGCAUGGGAUCUUGGAGACCUGAUUUUCUUGUCGAAGAGCCAGUGGAUCUCACAAAUGGCUGUGUUGAAAACUUCCGCAUCUGCGAGAUCAAUGCUCGUUUCAGCUGGAAUGGCUAUAUGCUGAGCGCAUUGGGCCAAAAAGCUCUUUUGGAUAUGGGUAUCUGUCGCAGUGAAAUCAUGGGUGGAACGAAUCCCCGAAAGAUCCUUAACGGGCUCCAGCGUCUUUACGACCCCCAAAGUCCUGUAUAUCUUCUCAAGGGCAAAGAGCAUGGAUAUGACAUUCAUCUAUACGCUCAUUACGCGAGCCAGCAUCUUGGACAACGCAUACGCUUCAUCGCGCCGGAAGAGUUAAAAUUGAUUCCAUGCCACCAAUCACGUGGUGGAUACAAGUUGUACUGCUUGGUAGAUCCUCAUUCCCCAGCCAAUGAAUCAAACGCCACAUUGUUGCACACUGAAGCCGGUGAAAUCCUCGAGGAGAUCAAUCAGGUUGGGCUGGAACUACACCAAGACGAGAUACUCGCUCUCAGUGACGAAAUGCUUCAGCAAGUCAGCCUGCGAUGCUUUAAUGACAUGCGCACAGUGCUCUUGGUACACGAUAAACGGAUGCUUGGCAUUGUCCUGGAGGAGCUUGAUUCUCUCGUGGUGAGAAAAAUUCUUCUCCCCAGUGAAGCAAGUUUGCUAGAUCGGGGGAUCUGUCACACAAUACUCCCUGGAUCUACCUUGAUGGCUCGACUUCUUGAAGAAUGCCGGCUUCAGCCAAGUCUCAAGGACGAGUAUAUUCUUAAGCCUGUGAGAGGAGGCAAAGGAGAAGGAAUCCUCUUUGGAGAUGACAUGACUUUUGAGUCAUGGAUGACUUGCCUGGAAGGCAUGAAAUCUCCAUAUUUGUCUCCUCAAGGAAGUACCAUGGUCAUCCAGCGCCGGAUAAGACAAGCUAAAUAUGAGGUUUUUCUCCAGGAGAAGGCGGGGUUACAAUGUCUUCCCAUUGUUGGAACUUAUCAUGCCGUGCACGGGGAGUUCCUGGGCAUCGGAGUUUGGCGCAGUAGUCCCGGUUCAGUAUGUGCAAUUAGCCACGGUGGUGCCUGGAUGUGCUCUGUUAUGCAAAGGGACACCUGA